CUGGAAGCCUAUUGUUAUACGCUUUUGUUUGCGCGUGGAUGUUGAUUCACUCUGAGAUUGGUGGUCACGUGCCGAAGAGAGUGCAAACAAUUUCGAACAUGGCGGACGCAAACACCCCGGUUGCUAGCAAUAAUUUACACUUCGAAGAAACACUAGAGCUUGCUCUCGACAUUUUGAUAGAUGACGAAGAUUUUGGAUCUGUAUAUGAUGAAGAAGUGCUUUCGGUGGUAAAAGAGAUUUCGCAUGACGGCUCACUAGCUUGUGAAAAUUGCAGCAAGAAAUACAAGACCGAAGCGGGCCUAAGAAGGCACAUAAAAUCGAAACACGUAUCCCACAAGCAGACCAGACAAUUCAGUGGUGAAGACAUCGUUAAGUUGGUCAAUGAAGCCAAGAAUGAACUUGCAACUGAUAAAUGCUAUCCAGUUGAACUUUGCAAUGCUAUUAAAAUGUUUGUGUUUGACAAAGAAAGUGAAAACCUAAGAACGGAAUUGUUGAAACAUUGCAGCAGACUUUGGAAAAAUUCAGAUGCUGAGAAAUUUUAUUCUGAGUAUUAUGGUUCAGUUGUGAUGAAUGCUGAAAAGUUUUUCCCAAAUUUACCCUUUCCUGGGUGCACACUGGUUGCAACUAAACUAGCAGACAAGAUUGUCUCCCAUUUCAAGACACCAGCAAAGCAAAUAGCAGUCCCAAAGAAAAUCACUGAACAGGAGAUGUUCAGUUUACAAUAUCUGGCAGGAUAUGUUGUGCAUUCUGUUGUUAAGAAACUGCACCAAGUCUCAAACGGCCAAAAAUCAAAAAGCUCUAUAGCUAUGUUAACAUUUUUGAAUUCAUUGAGACUGGAAGAUAUUUCAGCUCAACAGCAAAUACAAUGCCAAACAAGAGGAGGUUUAUGGGGAGUGAACAAUGAUUGUGUUAGGUUUUUCAGCUAUGUAGAAGAAGAGUUCCGCAAGGCAACAGAAUCUGGACACAGCACCAAGAUCAACUGCAACAAGCUGACAGAAAUCUUAGUUGAGAGAGUUGAUGUGGUCAGUUCUUUCAGUGCCAUGGAGGAAGGAUCCCUGUGUGAAAUGGACAAAGAGACAAAGAAGAAUCUCCUUGAAAAACUUAUUCAGCUGUACUUGCGAGUUAGGGCAUUUUCAUUUGCAAAAACCAACACACAACUUCAUUGCAAAAAAUCCAAAGCAUUAUGUAAAUCUUUGAAAUUACAGGGGUUGUAAUAACUUCUAAUCCAAUAUAAUUUAAUAACUUUUAAUGCACUCCACUUUACAUACAUUCAAUUAGAAAAAAAUAGAUCUCCAAAGGGCAAUCAUCAAAUUAUGAUUUUUGUCAAAACAUGUGAUCCCUUGCACAGUUUUAAAGCACCAAAACAUAAUUGCAAUGGCAGCCUUUGUCACUUGUGCAGUUUAAAUACUUGGCGAAAGAGAAUUUUAGUUACCUAAUAUGCCAAAAACUAUUCAGUUGAAAUAAGCCUAAAUGUAGCUCCUUGAAGGAAAUUUGCCAAUGCUGUUACUGCAAAGUGUUUUGCAGGA